AUGCUGGCUACUAGAGAAUUGUGUCUCGCGGAAACGGUUGGCGACCUGCUGGCGGCUGCCCUUCGAGCUUCGCGCUCAAUGUGGUCGCUGCGCUACUCUUUUGGAAGAGCAAUGGAGGAACAGUCCUUCCCGCAGGGCGUGAUGCAGACCUACAUGCACGACUCGCAGCCGGAGCCCUCUCAGAUGUGCCGGAGGUACAUGCCGGACAUGACCCGCACUUUUUGCGAUGACGAGGAUGUCCGGCAGACCCUGCUAGAUCACGCUGGGAAGUACAGCAGGGAUCUGUACAACGUCUUGCAGAGCCCCGCCCAUCGUGCGGACCUGUUCAGGUAUGUGUACUUGUACGAGCAUGGCGGCCUCUACCUGGACAUCAAGUGCUCGCUGAGGAUGCCGUUUGACGAUCUUCGGUCCUGCUUGGCUGAGGAGUGGGGCACUGCCCAGGCCUACGCGCACUCUGCGCUGGGCACUGCCCGUCGCCGGCCGGGCAUCAUCUACUGCCGCCCUCGCCACCCGCUGCUCCUGGAGGCCAUCAUCCAGUUCUAUAGCCCGGCCAUUGUCGACGGGGCGGCGGCGAACGACUACCUCAUUUUUUGCACGUUUCUCUACGGUGCGCUCAGGGACAGCGUUGGACAUCCCCCGCAGCAUGGGUGGAACAUCUCGAGCCGACACGGUCCGGUUUACUUGCUGAGGGAGCACCACAGCAGAGACCUCCAGGCCCAGUCGGAGAUCCCCAUGGACGGCCACUACAUGAUCACGCGCCACAACAAGAUAGCCAUGUUCACUCGGUGCUGGAACUGGAAGCGUGCUUUGCCGGGAACCUGGCCGCCAAAGCGAGGAAUGAGGCGCAAAUGCUUCGCUCCAUGCCUGACGCAGCGUCUGACGCAGCCUGGGCAAGAAGUCAGGCGGCGUCUCCCACCAGCUCGGCUUCUGGAGGCGACGCCCCUACCAACGCUGAGCUACAACAGUGGGCGGAUGAGGCCAUCGCGGGCAACCUCUACGAGAAGAUAA